GAUUGGCUGAGCCGUGUUAUUGUCGCGGCGGGGUGGGGAGAGACACAGACACGAUGAGGAGGACUGAAUCCAGGAGGUAACCCUCAUUUUGCCAAAGUGGCUCACUGGUCCUGAGAUUGGAAGCUGUUGCUCUUCAGGAAGAAUGUACUGCAGGAGUGUGUGCUGUAACCGCUGGUCAUCCGAGGAGAGGUUAGAUGGGAAAACAGUCAUCAUCACCGGAGCCAACACUGGUAUUGGAAAAGAGACGGCCAGAGACCUGGCGAGAAGAGGUGCACGCAUCGUCAUGGCGUGCAGAGACCUGGAGAGAGCAGAGGAGGCUCGGACGGAUAUUUUGGAAGACACGGAAAAUGAGAAUGUGGUCAUCAGGAAACUGGAUCUCUCGGACACCAAGUCCAUCAGAGUGUUUGCUGAACUCAUCAACAAAGAGGAGAAACAAGUGAAUAUCCUGAUAAACAAUGCAGGCGUCAUGAUGUGUCCCUACUCCAAGACUGUUGACGGGUUUGAAAUGCAGUUAGGUGUCAAUCAUUUGGGUCACUUCCUGUUGACUUACCUGCUGCUGGACCUCAUCAAGCGUUCAGCUCCUGCCCGUAUCGUCGUCGUGGCGUCGGUGGCCCACACUUGGACCGGGCUUCGACUGGAUGACAUCAACAGCGAGAGGAGUUACGAUACCAUGAAGGCGUACGGGCAGAGCAAGCUGGCCAACGUCCUCUUUGCACGCUCACUCGCCAAACGGUUACAAGGUACAGGGGUGAGUGUGUUCUCCCUGCACCCGGGGGUGGUGCAGUCUGACCUGUGGAGGCACCAGCACCAGUGUAUCCAGGUGGCAGUGAAGAUCUUCAGGAUUUUCACCAAGACAACACUGGAGGGAGCACAGACCACCAUCUACUGUGCCGUGGAGCCAGGCCUGGACAGCCAGAGCGGAGGGUACUUCAGUGACUGCGCUCCUGCAAGGUGCUCAAGGGCGGCUUCUGAUGACGACUCGGCCCAAAAGCUGUGGGAGAUCAGCUGCAACUUGCUUGGCAUCACCUGGCAGUGAACAGCGGCAAAUUAACCGUGCAGUGAGAGGACAUUGUAUUCUACGUAUCAUCUUUUAAAGAGCACUUUUACGCACUUUUAUAUAGAGGUAUUAAUGUUACUGUUAAUGUUGUGAAACAAGUGCGUUUUAUAACAGAGCAGUACAAAAGUCAUUGGAUCACUACCGAGAGCUCUUUUAUUUUGUAAAAUAUCAAAUUGAAUCAGACGUUUUAGUCAAAUUGUAUUUAUGAGACAAGAUUGCAUGAUGAAAACUUUACGUCUUUUUACUGUACUUUUACCAACCCAUGUGGGAAUUCUUUGCUUAGUCAGUUUUGUAUCUUGAGUGCAGAUGCUGUUCUAUCUUGUGAGCUUGUAAAGACGUUAGCCAGCUUGGUCUUGCUUUGGAUGAAAAUACACUACAUGCCCCUGACAAACUUUGACUUCCAGUGGGACAGUUUUCGGCACUGAUGAGAACAAUUUGGCUCUAAAAGUUUACAAAAGCACACAUAUACAGACAAUAAAUACUAGGUAAUGGAUAGAAGAGCAUGGAAGAGACGGAAAAAAAGUGUCAAGCUCUUCUUCAGACUAUUUUUUCCGUCUCUGAUAAUUUGUCUCCAAAAGAACUUUUUCAAAGUAACAUUUAUGUACAUCAGUGAACACAUACACUAUUGUGGUUGAUAGUUAAAGCACUUGUUCAGCUUUUGUAUCACUUAAAGUAUUAUAAUGUGCAUUUAUUGAUCAGUAAAAACAUGAACCAUUGGUCUAAAAUGAUUCCUUUUUUCUCAUUGACCAGCCUAGUAUCACGUGAUCUGCAGUCUCAGAUGCCUUUGUGUUAGACGAGGAAGGAAAAACCUAAAAUUCUAUUUAUGUGACAACAUGUUCAUAAUGUAAAAAUUAAACUAGACUGGCUUAACAUAUCUGCUUGUCUGCGACUUUUGCUUAAAAAUGACUGUGUACAUGAGUUCUGAGUGUAUUUAGUUAAUGUUUCCAAGCUGUUAGGUUGACCUUUUCAGGUGCAGUAAUGUGACACAUGGGACACAUUUAACCUUUUAGAUUUAAAAGAGAUUAGGUAAGUUCAGUGUAUUAACAAUGAGAGAAUUGAGGGUCUUAAAGUCUUAGCCAUGCCACCCAAACAGAUGACUGCACAUGUAUUUCAAUGUGAAUCACUCCAUGGUUGAUUCAUUAAAAUGUAAAAAAGUAA